ACCGCAAGGGCAGAGGCGUCCCUCAGUCCCGCCCGCUGCGGCAAAGCCAGGCUCCCAGCCACGCUCACGGGGGCGGAAGGGUCUGGCAUCUUUCCUUUCCCUCUGGGGUUCAUCUCCACAGGAACAGAGUCCAUGCGGACGGAAUGUCUACUCAGCUCAAACGCUUCACGAACCAUCAAGGGAGCUGCCACCACAGCCAAGAUGAAUCCCAAGGAAGAAAAAGUAAAAAUAAUUACAGAGGAGUUCACUGAAAAUGAUGAGGAUGCAGAUGUGGGAAGGCAGAAGAUCUCCAAGGCUCCAAGACAAAAAAGAAAGAAACGGCUACUGGCUGGCAGUCCCCAGGAGAUGGUGUCGGAAGAAUCCCACCCGAACAACCAGGAGCCCGUUUCAGAAGAUUCGGACACUCAGCCCCUGAGCGUGAUGACCCGACGAGGCCCACGGAGCUUACCUCCAAUUCCUUCGGCUUCCAGAACAGGCUUUGCAGAAUUUUCCAUGAGGGAGCGCAUGAGGGAGAAAUUACAAGCCGCAAGGUCCAAAGCAGAAAGUGCAUUGCUGCAGGAAAUCCCCACCCCUCGGCCCAGGCGCCUACGAAGUCCUGAUGAGAAAGAAGUGGAGACUGAAUUUGGUACAGAGCCAGGUGGAAAGGUACAGAGGGCUCAGCAGGAAGGGGACUCCCAGAGCCAGUCAAGAGUGAAGUUCCGGGAUUCUGCACGAAAAAUGAAGUCUAAACCCCUGGUUCCACCCGGCUUCCCUUCUGCUGAAGAAGCCUAUAACUUCUUUACUUUCAACUUUGAUCCCGAACCAGAGGAAGCAGAAGAAAAACCGAAAACGGAAAGAAGAGAUGCAGCUGGUCAAAUGGAGGAGGAAGGGGAGGAAGGGCAGGAAGGAGAGCCGCCUGCACAAGAAGAAGUGAACAAAACGGACAAGGAAGAGCUGCUUAAUGGUAAAGAUGCUGAGGAUUUCCUAUUAGGCUUAGAGCACGUGGCUGAAGAUUUCGUGGCAGUCAGACCUGCAGAUUACGAAAGCAUCCAUGUUAGGCUGCAGAUGGAAAAAGAGCUCCUGUUCACACCCAGCAGGCAGACAGUGCCUACGUAUCAAAAGCUUCCUGAGAACGUGCAACCCAGAUUCCUGGAAGACGAAGGUCUAUACAUCGGGGCAAGGCCAGAGGUGCCACGUGCCAAUCAGAACAUCAUGGAGAACCGAUUGCUGAAACAGGAGCCCGGGAGAAGGUGGUUCGGAGAUGAUGGCAGAAUCCUAGCCCUGCCAAACCCCAUCAAGGCGUUUCCUUCAAGGCCACCCACCUUGGCACAGGAGCCAGAGAUUAAGGCAGAACUUGAAACCUUGUAUAAAAAGGCAGUGAAAUACGUCCACAGAAGUCAGCACCUGAUGGGCUCUACAGACCCUCCUGGAAAUUUCCAACUGGACAUUGACAUUUCAGGAUUAAUCUUCACUCAUCAUCCCUGUUUCAGCCGAGAGCACGUUCUGGCAGCCAAGCUGGCCCAAUUGUAUGACCAGUACCUUGCAAGACACCAAAGAAACAAGGCAAAAUUUCUUACUGACAAGCUCCAUGCUCUAAGAAAUGCUGUUCAGAUGAGUCUUAAUCCAGCAACAACUCGUAAGUCUCUUGACACAACCCAAAAAACCAUCAAUGAGUAUAAAUCUGAAAUUUGGCAAACAAGAAAACUGCGUGAUGCAGAACAAGAAAAAGAUCGAACACUGCUCAAGACCAUCAUAAAAGUCUGGAAAGAGAUUAAAUCCCUUCGAGAGUUCCAGAGGUUUACAAAUACACCCUUGAAACUUGUUUUGAGAAGGGAAAAAGUUGAGCAGGAAGCUGAUGAAACAGCCUAUGAAGCAGAAAUUCAAGCUGAAAUAAGUGAAUUGUGGGAAGAGUCCAUGGAGGAGUACCAACAGAGGCUGGAAGAAUACAGAGUAGCCCACCAGCAGUGGAAAGCGUGGAAGAAGGCCCAGAGGGCCAAGAAGAAGAAAAAGAAACAAGGAGCUGAAGAAGAACCACCCGAUGACGAGGCUGAGGAGCCACGUCCCGGGGAGGAUCCUGUGAAACCGGUCCCUCCGGAGCCCACCGACCGCGCGGUGAUGGAGCAGCAGGUGAGGGAGAGAGCGGCGCAGAGCAGGAGGCGGCCCGGGGAGCCCGCGCUGGCCCCGGAGCUGAGCCUGGCGGGGAGCGUAACGCCCAACGACCAGUGUCCCAGGGCCGAGGUCUUGCGAAGGGAGGAUGUCAAGAGGCGCUCGGUGUAUUUGAAGGUGAUCUUCAAUGACAAGGAAGUGUCCAGGACUGACAGUCGGCCACUCGGGGCAGACUUCCGGGUUCAUUUUGGGCAAAUUUUCAAUUUGCAAAUAUUCAACUGGCCAGAGAGUUUAACACUACAGCUCUCCAGGAAUAGAACUAUGCCAUUUGGAAACUUUCCAAAUAAUUGCAAGUUUUGGAUUGGGGAAGUUUCAAGCAUUGCUGGCAACUUUAAGAGGGUAUAUGAAACAGUGGGACACAGUGGUACCACCUUGCUGGCAGAAGUGUUUCUGCCUAUUCCCGAAACCAGCGUUGUCACUGGAAGAGCUCCUAUUGAAGAAGUGGAGUUUAGCAGUAACCAGCAUGUGACAUUGGAUCAUGAAGGAGUUGGAAGUGGAGUGCCCUUCUCAUUUGAAGCUGACGGUAGUAAUCAACUGGUUCUAAUGACCUCAGGGAAGGUGUCCAACAGUGUGGCAUGGGCCAUUGGAGAAAAUGGGAUACCUCUAAUUCCUCCAUUGUCACAGCAGAGCAUUGGAUUUAGGAGUGCUUUGAAGAGAGCAGAUGCCAUCUCAUCUAUUGGUACAUCAGGACUGACAGACAUGAAAAAGUUGGCCAAGUGGGCAGCAGAGUCCAAGCUCGACCCGAAUGACCCCAGCAACGCCCCGCUGAUGCAGCUGAUCUCGGUGGCCACCAGUGGCGAAUCCUACAUCCCUGAUUUCUUUCGACUGGAACAACUGCAACAGGAGUUCAACUUUGUUUCUGAUGAGGAAUUAAGUAGAUCCAAACGAUUCAGGCUUCUUCAUCUUAGAAGCCAAGAGGUGCCAGAAUUCAGAAAUUACAAGCAAAUUCCAGUGUAUGACCGAGAAAUUAUGGAAAAGGUAUUCCAGGACUAUGAGAAACGAAUACGAGACAGAAAUGUAAUUGAAACCAAGGACCACAUAGAUACCCAUAGGGCCAUAGUGGCCAAGUACCUCCAGCAGGUUAGAGAAUCAGUGAUAAAUCGUUUCCUAAUUGCAAAACACCAUUUUCUUCUUGGGGAUUUGAUAGUAGAAGAAGAAAUGCCCAAUAUCAGCACUUUGGGGCUAAGCCUUUUCAAGCUGGCUGAACAGAAACGCCCACUGAGGCCAAGGAGAAAAGGUCGGAGGAAGGUGACAGCCCCAAACCUGUCUGAUGGCGACAUAAAGCUGCUGGUGAACAUUAUCCAGGCUUACGACAUUCCAGUGAGGAAGCCAGCAACAAGCAAAUUCCAGCAACCAUCAAGAUCAUCAAGGACUUUCAGCGAAAGGCAUGCUGCCUCCCCAGUGACACACAGCCCGACCCACAGCGCUGACUACCCCCUUGGCCAGGUUCUAGUACGCCCUUUUGUAGAAGUUUCCUUUCAACGAACUAUUUGCCACACGACGACGGCUGAAGGGCCAAACCCCAGUUGGCAUGAAGAACUUGAACUUCCGUUUAGGGCCCCUAAUGGGGAUUACAGCACAACCAGUUUGCAAUCGAUAAAAGAUGAUGUGUUCAUCAACAUUUUUGAUGAAGUACUACAUGAUGUCUUAGAGGAUGACCGGGAAAGAGGAAGUGGAAUCCACACCCUUAUUGAGAGACACUGGUUGGGAUGCGUGAAAAUUCCAUUCAGCACAAUAUAUUUCCAAGCAAAGAUUGAGGGAACAUUUAAAAUAGAUAUUCCCCCAGUUCUUCUGGGCUACAGUAAGGAGCGAAGUGUGACCACUGAGAGGGGACCUGACUCUGUCCGAGGCCUGAGUGAUGGCUCCUACCUGACCCUGUUCAUCACCAUGGAGCCUCAGCUGGCUCCCGGGGAGUCAGUGCGACAAAAGUUUGAUUCUCAGGAAGAUGAGAAAUUGCUUCAAGAAACACAGAAGUUUCAAGCUGAAUGUGCCUUAAAGUUUCCAAAUCGUCAGUGUGUUACAACAGUGAUUGACAUAAGUGGGAAAACCGUCUUUAUCACCCGUUAUCUCAAGCCUUUAAACCCCCCCCAGGAGCUCCUGAGUGCCUAUCCCAGCAACCCACAGGCAACAGCAGAGCUGGUGGCUCGAUAUGUGUCAUUGAUACCUUUCUUGCCUGACACAGUUUCCUUUAGUGGCAUCUGUGACCUGUGGAGCACAUCAGAUCAAUUCCUUGAUCUCCUGGCUGGAGACGAAGAAGAGCAUGCAGUCUUACUAUGUAAUUAUUUUCUCUCCCUGGGUAAGAAGGCCUGGCUCCUGAUGGGCAGUGCUAUUCCUGAGGGUCCAACUGCCUAUGUGCUAACUCAGGAGCAAAGUCACUAUUUAAUUUGGAAUCCCUGCAGUGGACAUUUUUAUGGACAAUUUGAUGCAUUCUGCCCCUUAAAAAGUGUGGGCUGUUUAAUAGGUCCUGAUAAUAUUUGGUUUAAUAUUCAACAGUAUGACUCCCCAUUAAGGAUCAGUUUUGAUGUCACCAAGCCUAAACUAUGGAAAUCUUUCUUUUCAAGGAGGCUUCCAUAUCCUGGUCUUUCCAGUAUUCAGCCAGAAGAGCUAAUUUACCAGCACACAGACAAGGUGGCUGCAGCUGAGCUACAAGACAGGAUUGAAAAAAUACUAAAAGAAAAAAUCAUGGACUGGAGGCCUCGCCAUCUAACUCGGUGGAAUAGGUACUGUACCUCCACACUACGUCACUUCUUGCCUCUGUUAGAAAGAAGCCAAGGAGAAGAUGUAGAAGAUGACCACAGAAGAGAGCUGCUGAAGCAGCUGGGAGACUACAGGUUCUCUGGAUUUCUCCUUCACAUGCCCUAUUCUGAACUGAAGCCUUUAAUCGAAGCUGUAUAUAGCACUGGAGUACAUAAUAUUAAUGUUCCUAAUGUUGAAUUUGCUUUAGCUGUAUAUAUCCACCCAUAUCCCAAAAAUGUUUUGUCUGUUUGGAUCUAUGUUGCCUCCCUUAUACGCAACAGGUAAUUUUUUAUUUGUAUACUUUUUAUAUUACGUAAAAACUGUAAUUAGGAUGUGAGAAUACUUUUUUAAGUGAUGUUAAUCACAAGAAAAGAAUAUCUGCAAAUAAAUAAUCAUUUUCAAACUGUGUAAAGUAAGU